GGUGGCCAUGGGACAAGGAUGCCGAGCUCUUGGGCACUGGUGCUGGUGGUGCUGGGGGGGGCCUGCGCCCUCCCUGCCCCGGCCCCCCUGGCCUACACCCAGGCACUGGCUCAGGCCGUUGAAUCCUACAACCAGCGCCCCGAGGUGCAGAACUCCUUCAGGCUGCUCAGCGCCGACCCCGAGCCCGCCCCGGGCCUUGAGCUGACCACGCUGCGGAUGCUCAACUUCAGCAUGAUGGAGACGGAGUGCAGCCCCAGCUCCCGCGUGAACCCCGAAGACUGCGACUUCAAGGAGAAUGGGGUCAUCAGGGAGUGCUCAGGGCCAGUGCAGUUCCUGCAGAGCUCCCCUGAGAUCGACCUGAGCUGCAAUGAUGCCUCCUCCAACCCGGUCCUGGUCCAGCGUGGCCGGUUUGGGCGCUUCCUGGGCAAGAUCCGGCGCUUUAGGCCCAAGAUCAGGAUCAGCGGCAGAGCCGAUUUGACCAUCCGCGUGGGCUGAACCAAUAAAGGGGCUGUUCAUGGUCCGUGUGUGUGA